AUGGAGGAGAAGAAAAAGGUAGAAGAAGACUUAGAGUCGAACAAGUACGAUAUUGAUGAGGAAGAUCUUCUUGAGGAUGAAGGAAGAUUGAAUGAAGAUGAGAGACAAGCUGAAUUAGAGGGGGAGAGUUUAUUUGAAGAAGAUGAAGGAUUCAUAUUCGGAGUAGAUGAUGAGAAAAAGGAAAUGCAAAAGCUUAGAAAUUUAGGGUUGGAUAAUGAUGAGUAUGAUGAUGAUUUCAUUGAUGAUGAAUUAGAUUAUGAAGAUAAUUUGAAAGCAAGAAGAGCAGCAGAAAGACAUAUACAAAUGCAAAGGAAACAAGAAGGAAAGUAUGAAAAGAAUAAGUUUUGGAAAACUUUAGAGGAUCAAUUAGAAGGAGAUGAUGAAGAGGAAGAUAUUUUUGAUAAAGUUGCUGAAAAAGUUGCAAAGAGAAGAGAAAAUAUGCAUUUAUCAGCUGAAGAAACAGAUAUUCCUGAUUUGUCUAACUUGGAGAGUGCAAAAAUUUGCCUAUCUGUAAAUCCAAAGGAUGUGAUAUUUGAUGAAAGAUAUCAACAAGCAGCAGACACAUGUUUUCGUUACUUUUUGCAUAAAUUUUCUUUAAAAGAUUCUAUGGGAAUACACCUUGAUCAGUCAAUCCAAUCAGAGACAAAUGAAGAUGAUAACAUGAAUAAUUCUUAUCAAUAUUAUAUAGAUAAAAUAGAAAAGAUGAUUCUAAAUGAUAAGCAUACCUUAAUUGUGUCAGCAAAACAUAUGAUUCAGUUUCAUUGUGAAAAUUUAGUACAAUGGAUUGAGUUCAAACCAGAGCAAAUAUUAGAAGUGUUACACGAAUGCUUAAUGGUAGAAGCUUAUAGAAUUUCUCCAAAAUUGUAUAAGGGAAGAUUAUGUAAAGUCGUUUUGAAAGAUUGGCCAUAUUCUACUCAGUUAAGAAAUUUAAGAUGCACAGAACUGAACACAUUAAUUAAGGUAAGAGGUGUAUGUAUAAAGAGAGGUUAUGUAUUACCAAAGUUAAGAGUCAUGUAUUUAAAAUGUAAUUCAUGUGAUACCACCUUGUCUGAAGUCCCCAUUUAUUUUACUGAUGGUAAGAAACCAGUACUACCUAGAAGAUGUCCACACUGCCAAUCGGCUACAUUCUCAGUUGAUAGGGUUAAAACGGCAUAUACAGAUUUUCAGAAAAUUACAUUACAAGAAUCACCAAGCUCUGUACCUGCAGGUAGAGCCCCAAGGCAAAGAGAAGUUAUAGUAACGGGGGAUUUAGUAGACAAAGUAAAACCAGGAGAAGAAGUAGAAGUGUUAGGUAUAUACAAAACUAAGUACGAUAUUGGACUAAAUAUAAAAUAUGGUUUUCCCAUUUUGCAAACUGAAAUUGAAGCAAAUAAUAUAGAAAGAAAAGAAGAUAUUCAACUUAGUGAAUUGACAGAAGAUGAUAUAAAAGAUAUUUUGAAAUUAUCAAAAGAUCCUAAUAUAAGAGAACGAAUUAUCACAUCUAUUGCACCAGCUAUUUGGGGACAUAAAGAUAUCAAGACAUCCAUUGCGUAUGCAUUAUUUGGAGGUGUACAAAAAGGAGGUGAUAAAAAUAAUGUAAAAAAUAGUGAUACUAACAAUUUCGGAAUACAAAACAAAGAUAUUUUAAAUAACUUUAAAGGAGGACAUACUAUCAGAGGAGAUAUAAAUGUGCUACUGUUGGGAGACCCAGGUUUGGGAAAAUCACAAGUGUUACAGUAUGUACAUAAGACAAAUUUAAGAACUGUUUAUACUACUGGUAAAGGUGCUUCAGCUGUUGGUUUAACAGCUGGGGUAAGAAAAGAUCACACUACCAACGAAUGGACAUUAGAAGGAGGUGCAUUAGUGUUGGCAGAUGAAGGUAUUUGUAUCAUUGAUGAAUUUGAUAAAAUGACGGACAAGGAUAGGGUUAGUAUACAUGAAGCCAUGGAACAACAAUCCAUUUCUAUUUCUAAAGCAGGUAUUGUUACAACCUUAAGAGCUAGAUGUGCCGUGAUAGCUGCUGCAAAUCCUAUAUAUGGGAGAUAUGAUCCUACCUUAACAUUUAAAGAAAAUGUAGACUUAUCAGAUCCCAUUUUAAGUAGAUUCGAUUUAAUUACAGUUUUGAGAGAUAUACCUAAUGUGGAUGAAGAUUUUUAUCUAGCUGAAUAUGUUGUCACAAAUCAUCAGUUAAGUCAUCCAAAAUUGGAAAAUACACAAAACUACCAAAAAAGGAUUGAAAAUUUGAAAAACGUCAUUGUUUCUUCAUCUGCAUAUGAACCGAUUCCACAAGAUUUGUUACAGAAAUAUAUUAUCUAUGCAAGAACCAAUUGCAAACCAGGUUUAUCAGAUGUACCUUAUGCAGAAAUCAGUGCCAAAUUGUCCAAUUUUUAUAGUAGGGUUCGACAAAAAGCUAGUGCAUCUGGAGGAUAUCCAUUAACAUUAAGACAUAUCGAAAGCAUCAUUCGAAUAGCAGAAGCGAAUGCUAAAAUGAGAUUAUCUCAACAAAUUGUUUCUAAAGAUGUAGAUUAUGCUAUUGCAACCUUAUUAGAAUCCUAUGUAUCCUGUCAAAGAUUCGCAGUAGCAAAACAGUUAAGUAAAGAAUUCGCAAGAUAUCGGGCUCUAUUUAGAGGUGGUCAUGAAGUCUUAUGUGAAUUAGUUAGAAGAACUAUUCAACAGACUAUUCAAAGAGAAAACUUAAAGAAUGCAUCUGCAAAAGAUUUUCAAAAUGAUGCAGAAUCGGGAACAGAAAAUGAAACUGAAUUUUUAAAUCCCAAUAACGUUUUUUUACCCCUCCAAAUUUUCAUGAAAACAGCUAUGCAGAAUAAAUUCUCAGAAUACCAAAUUGUUAAUUGGAUGAAGUCAAAAGUUUUUAAUGAACAUUAUGCGCUCAUAAAGAGAGACGGCGUUGAGGGAAUAAUAAGCAAAAAGUUUAAGAUGUAA